GCCCAAACUUAUGAGGUAUUGGCACUGCUAGUGUGUCAGGGCGAUUCCUGUGGGCCAAGACCCACGAACCUUGGGUACAGCAUAGCUGAGUAUCCAUGGAUCACUCCUGAGGUCAACCACGAUGGAUGUCUUGGAAAGUUAUGGAACAUCAGAGGGCAAUAAUCGUAGCACCGCAUCAGAGCGCAACGCGCAUCCAAUACAAAAUCCCCGUUCACGCUCAGGUUUCACAACUCAGCCCAGCACUCACAACGCAAUACUCACAACGCAACUCUCACAGCGCAACUCUCACAAAGCAACUCUCGAAAAUGGCCUUUUCGUUCAUCCGUUCCUCCUACCUAGUAGUCCUAGCUGCCGUAGGACUUCGAGGGUGCCCUCAAGAAGCCACCUCGGCCAACAGCGCGGACGAGCCUGCCACUGCCUCCACAACCAACACCACCGAGAGCACAGAAGGCGCGAACACCGUCCCAGCUUCCGCGUUCUUGAGUUACAUUUCUGGAUGUGCCAUCUCUUCUUAUCCGGCCUCUUCAUGCGCAGUCUCCUCUUACACGGCCUCUUCAUGCGCAAUCUCCUCGUACACGGCCUCCCUCUCGAGUCUCUCAGACUCAGAAGCCACUUCUUCCAGCACGGAGUCCUCAGAAUCAUCAUCCCACGCCUCCAGGUUUAUUCCACCUUAUACUAAGCCGAUUGCCAUCAAGUACCCUCCCGGCCACAAACGGUAUCGCUAUAUGCGCUAUCUGGAAGCCGAUCAUGUCUACUGGAUGAAGACGCAAUGGCGAACCCGCAAUCAUAAAGACCUUGUGCACCAUUCUGAUGACACCGUGGAAGACUACGGCAUGGACAAGCGGUGGAAAGACCCGAAGUUGCAUCGGGAGAGGGUUAUAGGCGGGUAUCGCAUCCAGAGUGAGGGAGUUGAAGACAAGGUCAAGGACAACGACGACAAGGGUGCGGUUGAGACGGAGAAUGGUGCGGACUGUGACUCGAGUCUUCCCAUACUUGACGAACAUCAGCCAAAUACGGACAAUAACGACGACGCCGCGUCCUACGUCGACGAGAAACCCCACCAGAACGAGCACGGAGACGUUAUGCCGGAAAAGCUAUCACUUGAGAGCAUGGCUGGGAAUAAGAAGGACAACGCUAUCUGGGACUCGAAAAUUCUCCUUCUUGACGAACAUCCGCCAAAUACCGACAAUGACGAUGACACCGUGCCCGACUUCGAUAAAGGCCUACACGGACGAGCACGGCAACGCCAUCUUGAAGAUGCUGUCACCCGUUAGCGGGUAUGGCGACCAGGGUGAGGGCGAUAAGUCCUGGCUUAAGAGGGACUGAGAGGGCGAGGGCGUGGUCGGGAAUAAGAAGGACAAUGCUAUCUGGGACUCCAAGGUUCUCCUACUUGACGAACAUGCGCCUAAUACCGACAAAAACAACGACGCCGCGCCCGACUUUGACGAAAAGGCCUACAAGGAGGAGCAUGGGGACGCUAUGUUGAAGAUGUUAUCACUUGAAUAGCUCACUUCAAACCAGCAUGCAGCAAGAGGAGUCCUGGCGCAGUAGAUAGCGGUUCUUUCCGGCUUCAGUAAGGCCAACAUGUAGUCAGUACGAUAAUUUAACAUUUCUAAACUAG